AUGAUUUCAGGCAACACAUCAAACUAUAAACUCGACCAAUGGUUCUUAACUUGGGGGUCGUGGAACCUCAGGGGGAUGUCAAUCGUGGAGGCAGAUGUAAGCCAAAAGAGGAUAAAAAACAUGGAGGAUUUGGAAGAGCCUCAGAAAAAGGACAUUGAUCCUGCUGGAGAGUUAAAGAUACCCAUAAACUCGCCACCUCCGAGAAGGCCUUUUACAUGUGAGAUUUGCUGUAGCAGUUUCAAGAAGAAACAUCAUCUCAAGAGCCAUUUAGCAGUUCACUCUAAAGUAAAGCCCUUUAAGUGUCCAAAAUGCAGUAAAAGUUUCUCUUUUGGUUAUAUCUUAAAGAGACAUAGCAAAAUCCAUACCAAGGAUUCGUCGUAUCGGACAAGGCCCUUUGAAUGCCACAUUUGUACUAAGACAUACAAAAGGAAGCAACACCUCAAGUUUCAUAUGUUUGUACAUUGUAAAGCAAAAUCCUUUGAGUGUCCACAAUGCAGUAAAGUGUUUUCUAGGAAGGAUACCUUAGACAGACAUAUCAAAAUCCACGUUGAGAAGGCCAAAGAACCCCAGCAACCACUGUUUGCUGACACAAAGACAGCUAUCAAGUUCAGUCAAGCAAGGGAACCUCCUGAAGCAGCGAAAGGACCCCUGAAACCACCUGCUGAGGAUGCAAGGGAACCACAGGCUGUUGGUAUCACCGACGACGAGUUUACGAUCCUUGAGGCAGAUGUAAGCAAAAAUAGGAUGGGAAUCAUAGAGCCUUGUAGCAUUGUAGGGAAUAACUUUGGACCAUCUAUCGACUCAAAACCCGGGAUGUCGACUCACAAGAACGGCGCAUGCGAGAAUGCAGACGGCGUGGUGAAGAAAUCGGCAGCUGCUCAAACAGAGAUCUUUAAAUGUCAGAUCUGUCUUAAACCUUUCACGAGGACCUACAUACCAGUCCAUUCUAACAAGAAGCGUUUUGAGUGCCCGCAGUGCAAAAAAUGCUUCUGCUUGAAGUCUUCCCUCACCAGACACAGUAAAAUUCAUAUUGAUCCAGCCAAGGUUGUCAAGAAGCCUCAGAAAACGCCAUCUCCUCAAGGAAAAAUAGCCAGCAUGCUCGAGGAUCUGAAGGAAGCUCUGAAAUCACCUGCUGAAAUUGUGAACAAGCCGCCUGAUUCUUCAUCCUCUUGGAUCCUGCCACGGCAUGCUGAUGUUACUGACAAAGACUUUAAGAUCAGUGUGGAUAAUAGCAAAUAUUUAAAUCCUGCUGAGGACGUGGAAGAGCCUCAGAAAAAGGACACUAAUCCUACUAGAGAGUUAAAGAUGUCCAAAAACUCGCCACUUCAGAGAAGGCCUUUUACAUGUGAGAUUUGCUGUAGCAGUUUCAAGAAGAAACAACAUCUCAAGAAUCAUUCAGCAGUUCACUCUAAUGUAAAGCCCUUUAAGUGUCCAAAAUGCGGUAAAAGGUUCUCUUUUCGUUAUACCUUAAAGAGACAUGACAAAGUACAUGCCAGGGAUGCCAGCAGGCCCCAGGGAACGCAAUAUGACGUGAAGAGCUUUUCCUAUUGCUUACUCCAAUUCCUGCCAGAACAUGUUGAUGCUUUCGCCAAACAAGUGGAGGGACACGUGGAUAACGCCGACCAUGCAGGUUCUGCCAAGGAAGUGAAAGAACCCCAGGACGAGGAGCAUAAUGCCAGGCCCUUUGAAUGUCAGACUUGUACCUGCAGAUUCAAAAAGAGGCACCACCUCCAGAACCACAUGUCUAUACAUACGAACGAAAAGCCCUUUAAGUGUCGGCAAUGCAGUAGAACGUUCUCAAGGAAAACUUCCUUAAACAGACAUCUCAAAAACCACCCCAGACCUGUUAAGAAAGCACGUGCUAGGCCUAGGGUACCUGACAAGAAAGCAAGGGCUCCUACUAAAAAAACGAUCAAUGAAGAUGUGAACAGACCGAAUCAUUACUUACCCCAACUCCUGCCUCGAUAUUUGGGUGCUCUCAGCGAACAAUUUGGGUUAUAUUUGGACGAUAGCUACUAUGCUAAGGAAGUGAAAGAACCCCAGAACGAAGACACCGAUUUAAAGAGCAAGUUUGACCCUUGA